UAAAAAAACAGCUAUAUGCAUGUAUGUAUAUACAACAUAUGUACUACAAACGUUAUUAUUUUAUACAGUAUUUGCAUGUAUGUAAGAUCACGUUCUUUUUAUAUAUAUUUUGUUUGAUAUUUGUCCUUUUAAUUUCCUUAGAUUCUAUAAUUGUAAUUUUGAUUUUUUUCUAUUCAAAUAUUGCCAGAAUUUUGCUAUCUCUGUUUCCUUUUUUAACAUAUUUUUUCUUAGGUUAUGUGUAUCAAUUCUUCAGGCAGUAUGCAUAUAUAUGUAGGAACUAAUGUCUUUGCUCUCAAAUCUUCUGAACAAAAAAGAAAAAUUGUCAAAUUAUUUUUAUCACCCGAUUAACCAUAUAAUAUUCUAGUAGCAUGGAUCUCCAUUUUAUAGGUUUUCUCUUGUUGGUUUUUGUAGUACAAGUGACCACAAGCAGUGCUCAUAGGAACAUAACAACAAUACCAGCACUAAUAGUAUUUGGAGACUCAAUCAUGGAUACAGGAAAUAAUAAUGACAUCCCAACUCUUCUUAAGUCCAAUUUUCCUCCCUAUGGUCGAGAUUUUCCUGGUGCUAUUCCUACCGGUAGAUUUUCAGACGGGAAAGUUCCAUCGGACAUCAUUGCGGAAAAAUUAGGGAUAGCAAAGACACUACCACCAUAUUUAGGCUCGAAUCUAAAGCCACAUGAUCUUCUAAAAGGUGUAAUCUUUGCUUCUGGAGGUUCUGGUUAUGAUCCAUUAACAUCUAAAUUACUGUCUGUAGUAUCAAUGUCAGACCAACUAAAAUAUUUUCAAGAAUACCUAGCAAAAAUUAAGCAACACUUUGGAGAAGAAAAAGUUAAGUUUAUAUUGGAGAAAAGUGUGUUUCUUGUGGUCUCUAGCAGUAAUGAUCUCGCUGAGACUUAUUUGGUUCGAUCGGUCGAAUAUGAUCGUAACUCGUAUGCUGAAUAUCUGGUUGAAUUGGCUUCAGAGUUCAUCAAAGAAUUAUCUGGACUUGGAGCUAAAAACAUUGGAGUGUUUAGCGGAGUACCAGUUGGGUGUGUACCCGCGCAAAGAACACUUUUUGGAGGUUUUAAAAGAAAAUGUUAUGAAAAGUUGAAUAACAUGGCACUUCAUUUCAAUUCAAAGCUAUCUUCUAGUUUGGAUACUCUAAAGAAAGAAUUGCCCGGUAAACUAGUAUUUAUCGAUGUUUAUGAAACUCUUCUCGACAUCAUCAAAAAUCCUAGAAAUUACGGAUUUAAAGUAGCAGAUAAAGGAUGUUGUGGUACAGGAAAAAUUGAGUUGGUGGAAUUGUGCAACAAAUUUACUCCUUUUACAUGUUCGGAUGCAUCGACUCAUGUGUUCUUUGACUCUUAUCAUCCGAGUGAAAAGGCCUAUCAGAUUAUCACUGAUAAAGUGUUAGCAAAAUACCUUAAGUACCUAAACAACUGAAUAGGUUUAUCAGUCGAGUGAUAUUAGUUUAAUGAAUGUACUUUGAUUGUUUUUCUUCUUCUUCUACAAUUUAAUAAUAAGGAUUUUUUUUCAUUACAGUGUUUUUUAUUUUAUUUAAUUUACGAUUACACUUAUUUUUCGUAGUCUAACCGACUAUUUAAUCAUUGCGUCUCUUAAUUUGUGCUAUAAUAUGUAAACUUAACUUUAGGUAACAAACAAAAUAAAACUCACGAGGGUAUUGGAAUGUGUAUUGAUUUGAGGGGGGAUGCUUGUCCUACUGCCCUAAUAGAAUGUUGAUUACCAUGAUUUACGUAAAUAAAUGUUAUUAAAUUUAAUUCAAAGAUAUAAAAAGCUUAAUGGCGAAAAUCACUAAGGAUUAAUCGUUACCUAAU